AUGGCACCUUACCAACCCUCAUCCCAUUCAUCCCGUUCCAACGAUUUCUCACCCACCCCACCCGCUCACUCGCCAACGCAAUCACUACGGGCGCUCGAACUGUCCACCAACGAUGAACCUCCUUUACUAGGUAGACACGGUCGAUCAAACACUAUAACAUCCUUGGGUGGAUUCGAUUUUCAACACGCUCUGUUACCGCUUUCGCUGAGUGGGGAGAACGAGGAUGGCACAGCCGCCAAUGGUCAGAUACGGCAUGAGGAAGAGAGACAUGUCAGUUUAUUACAUGGUAUAGCCCUUAUUGUAGGCGCACAAGUAGGAUCAGGUAUAUUCAGUUCACCAGGUGUGGUAGUUGGUGAAGUAGGUAGUGUGGGUGCUAGUCUGGGUGUAUGGUUGAUGAGUGGUAUAUUAGCUUGGACAGGUGCCAGCUCUUUCGCUGAAUUAGGCUGUGCAGUCCCACUCUCAGGUGGAGCGCAGGCUUAUUUAGCUUAUGCGUUCGGUUCUAUGACUUCUUACCUUUUCACUUGGACUGCUGUCACGAUGUUGAAACCAGGUAGUGCAGCUAUGAUAGCUUUGAUCUUUGGGGAAUAUAUAAACCGACUACUCUCACAUACAUUUUCCACUCCCUCAUCAACAGAAGAAGUCCUAACAGUUUCCGAAUGGUCCAUCAAAUUAACAGCUACCAUAGCCUUAAUCCUCGUAUCACUACUCAACAUUCUCUCUAGAACAUCAGGAUCCGAUUCGACAUUGAUUUUCACAACGAUCAAAAUUGGCGCUUUGGUUUUUGUAGCCAUCCUUGGAUUCAUCGCUUUAUUGAAAGAUGGACCUGGUGAAUCUUUGAGUGCGAGUGGUCUGUUCGAAGGUACGAAAAGUGAUUUGAGCUCUUAUGCUAUCGCUCUGUAUUCGGGUUUAUGGGCUUUUGAUGGAUGGGAUUCGUGCUGUUGGGUAACGGGCGAAAUGAUCAACCCUUCUCGAAACCUCCCCCGAGCGAUCCAUUCAUCCAUGUCAAUCGUCCUUACCUUAUUCAUCCUAGCGAAUAUAUCCUAUUUCAUCGUGCUCUCUCCAGAGAUCGUAGCGGCGAGUAAUACCGUAGCGUUGGAUUUCGGUAAAGCCACUAUAGGUAAAUUCGGGAUGGUCGUCUUUAGUGUAUUGGUGGCUGUUAGUUGUUUUGGAGCUUUGAAUGGAGGUUUCUUCACUACUGCCAGACUGAUCUACGCAGCAUCGAGAGAACAUUUCUUGCCGUCCAUCUUCUCAAAACUCCAUCCUAAAAGACGAACACCAGAUUAUGCAAUAGGUUUGCAAGCGGGUUUAGCAUUGUUUUUCGUGAUUUUCGGAGGAGGUUUUAGAGCUCUACUGAAUUUCUUUUCCGUCGCAUCAUGGUUCUUCUACCUCCUUACUGUAUUGGGUUUAUUGAUUUUGAGGGUAAAAGAACCUCAUCUGGAUAGACCAUAUAAAGCUUGGCUAAUCAAUCCCAUCAUAUUCUGCGCAGUAGCAAUGUUCUUGCUUUUGAUGCCGAUCUUCGCUGCUCCCUUCGAAGCGCUUGCUGCUUUCUUAUUCAUAGGUACAGGUGUACCGAUGUAUUAUCUUACUUCCAGAUCAAGAAAUCAAGCUUCCAAAGGAUACAAUGCAAUGGACGGUGAUAGGGAUCGAAGUGAAUUCAAGGCUACUAUAAGCGAUGCCUGGUCCAAAUUCACCGAAGAUCUCCAUAACGUCUUACCUGAUAGAUGGCAAUCUUCCACUAAACGACCAAAUACGAUAGGAUCGAUAAGUACAAGGGAAGAAAGAAGAGGGAUGUUAAGGGAAGAGAACCUUGAGAUGUCAGAGAGGUAG